GGCAGAAAGCUUGUCAGAAAAACCUUCCUCUGACAGAAGGCAUGAUUCACAGCGAAGAGACGGAGAGGGACAGACAAGCGACAGAGAAAGAGAAAAACGACAGAGAUAAAGAGAGAGAGAUUCAACCGAGGCAGAGAUGCCGGUAAGGGAAAGGAUUUGAGAGAAGGACAUCGUAGUGAAGGAGACUGGCCUGAAUGAUGCUUCUGAAUGGCUGUGACCGUGUUGAUGAGGAAAAGAGAGCAGGUGGCGGGCAGGAUGCUCUGAGAACGUAGGUGCUGUGAGACACCGAGGCGAGCCACACUAUCAGUGGGCUGCUUUGAUGGAAGACGUCUCCGCUGCAUGCAAAUGUGAUGCUUGUAUCGCUUCCACUGUUUCCUGUCUGUCCUGGUUGAUUUGUGGUGGAAAUAGUCUUGAUGAUGCUGUCAGAUGUCUCGGAAUGUUUGGUGGCAUCUAUGCUUCUCGGCUGUGCAAUUCUACCUUCAUUCUGACUGAGGAUGUUAAUGGAAGCAGAAUGAGAAGACAAGCCUCAGCUGGCUCCAGCCCUCCAUCUACUGUACUCUGCCUUCUAUCAGGCUGUUUGAUUGACUAACGCUCUGCUGGAUAAAGACAUAAUUGACUCAGAACGCAGCCAGAACAGUAAUCAAGCAGAAUAAAUACAAAUGCAGUUGUACCAAGAAGAGAAGCUUCUAACAGUUAACUAGAAACUGGACUUUUAUCAUCUUAUUUCUGAAUGUUGACCUAAAUCCAUUUGGAAUAUUCCUCAAAGCACCAGCUCUUGGACUUGAAAAUGGAGAUUUUGGCAAUGCUUUUUUUUUUUUUUUUUUGCCCUUUCAACAACACAAUGCAUCUGUCAUAAGAAUGUCUUGACUCUUCACUAAAACAGGGAUUAUGCCGCUGUAGUUUUCCAGCGCAGAAGAAGCAGAAACUUGAAUUUUUGGGGGGUUUCAACUUUGUAUCUCACCAUGAAUUAUUCACAUCUGACUGAUGUUGCAUGUUCUCAAAUAAGUUUUGCAUGCAACAAUUUUCAUACAUAUAACUAUUAACCAAUUCACAAUUCACUCCUCAAAUUUCAUCCGUGCCUCCCCCCAGCCCCUCCCACCCUCAGCCAUCCAGCCAAUUAUGGGCAAGCCUCUUAGCCGUCCUGGAUGUUUCAGGAAGAGCUCCUGCUGCCUGGAGAAACAUGGAGCUGGGGAUGGGGCAUUGGGAGGGCGGGAUGGGGGAGUGGAGGGAGGCUACGGAGAUGGCUACAUACCCCAGCGGUCCAUCUAUGAUACGAUGUGCAUCAAUCAGCAGAUUGAUAGUCAUCAUCAUCAUCAUCAUCAUCACCCUGGAGACUCUAUGCGGCGAGAAGGUGGAGAUGGAGGGAGCUAUAGCUACUCUGCAAGUGGUUCCCUGAGGGUCAGCAGGUCUCCCACUGACUUUUUUGAUUCUCAGCCUCGUUCUUUAACGCCUAACCCCUCAUUCGUGCGCCGCUUGGAUGAAAGGGCCAUCUAUGACUCUCUAAAACUUGGGGCUGAAGAUAUUGAUGGAAACAUGUGUCAUUCACCAGGACGAUUUACCAGAUCAGUUUCUCCCUCAGUUUCCUCAUUUUCAGCACCAGGAGUAUCUUCCUCCUCAUCUAAAAAAUACCAUCAUCACCACCAUCACCAUGGAGACAGCACAAAGAGCAGAGACAGCCGACACUCCUGGAAAGUCUUGACACCUCCAAAGCAGCUUGAGUGUCUUGAGCUUUCCACAAGCGAUAUGAUGGACAGAGGAGACUCAUAUCUGAACCCAGGUCACUACCCUCCCCCUGGGGGCCAGUCCUCUAUUAACUCCCCCUUGAUUUCCCCAUUCUCCAACUCACCUUCGUCCUCUGGAUAUCGCACUCCAGUCUUUUUCUCCCCUGCCAAACCUCGACCCAGUCAGACUCAGAGUUUGAGAUGUUCGCCUCCACAUGUAAUCCAGCCAAGACAUUACUCCCAAACCCAGAGCCUCAGGCUGUCCCCACCCCAUGAGCUCAGACGUUCCCGAUAUCAGUCACCACUUGCCCAGCUGUCUGCUCAUGAUCUUGAACAGGACAUCAGGGAUCGAGGAUGGGGUCGGAGUGAGAGAGAGAAGGAGUGGGAGAGAGAAAGAGAGAGAGAGAUGGAGAGAGGAUGGGCACAGCGAGAGUGGGAAAGAGAGAGGGAGAGGGGGAGGCUGGAAAGGGAGAGAGCAAGAGAAAGAGAGAGGAGGGAAACUACAUUUGGUACCUUUGGCUAUGGCCGAGCAGUUCCUCUGCAUUCAGAUAGAGACUCUGUGUUUUUAGAUUCUGACCAGGUUCUAGACACAGCACCCUUAUUGAUUCCUCAGCCAUCUCCUUCACCCUCUACAAAUGCAGCUCCCAGAAUGGGCACUGGUGCCGUGGGUAGGAAUAGACCUGGUUCAAAAGUUGGCCCUGAGAAUUUAGGUGGAGUUAUGGUUUUUAAAUAUGACAACGGGUCAGCGGGAUUAAUGUUAAUUGAUAGUAAAGCUGGUGGUGGAACAAGGUCAGUGACUGAAGCUGGGCCAGGGACUAUGCCAGAGACAAAAACCAGGUCUGGAAUACACAAUGAAAGCGAAGCUGAACCUUGGAGUAAAUACGACAACGGGGCACGGGUUAGUGUUAAAAAGAUGACAACAAAAACGGGGUCACAGGUGACAACAAGAUCAAGUGGAAGGGAUCUUGAAGGUAAGGUGCAGUCUGGGGUGGAAACAGAAAAUGGGGCUCCUGCUGUGAGUAAGGAUGGGCCUAGAGAACUGGCAAAAGGUGGAGAUAUAAGUGGAAGAGGCAGGUCUAAGCUAGAACCCAUUGUUCAGGCUCAACCUUCAAUUCUGACUGAUGCUGAGAACAGGUCUGUGCCUGGUGAUAAAGCUGGAGCUGGAUCUGGUCAGGAGAUGAAGGUGGAGAUUGAGGCAGGUGUUGCGAAUAGAGCUCGUUCCAGUCAUGAUGAUUUAAGGGAAAAGAGCCCAGGAGUAGAUGAGGAGGAUCAAAGUAAAUGCAACAACAAGGUUGUUCCAGCUGUUGAGUCGAGGGUAGAACCUGAAGCUGUAUCAGAAUUAAAAAUUGAUACUAUGUUUAUGCCUGAUGCAAAACUGUACCUUGGAGCUGGUAAUGAUGCAGAUACUAAGAUCACAACUGAGACUGAAGUUAUGGAUGAAGGCCAGAAAAGUCCCAGUAUUGCAGUUGAGGUUCAGAUCAGUGACCGGGCUGAAAAUAUAUCUGAAACUGCUCCUACUCAGAAAGAUCACAAAAAGCACGUGGACAUUGAUAAAAGUGAGUCCAGUCAUGUGGUUAAAGCUUCCAGAGCCCAUAAGUCCAAAACAUCAAAGUCCACCUCCAGAACUCGACCUGGCACAGCCACUGGGCUCCGACCGGGUGUGCUAAGUCCUCGACUGAGCCGAGGUCUUGUCGGCCUUGAAUCACCUCAUGCUGAGGGCACUGAGUCGACUUGGCCUCGCAGAAUCAUAGUCAGAAAGAGGACUGUUCGUCAGGGUGGUGCUCUACACAACCUUCCCAUCCUCCCCCCACUCCCAUCUGUUCUCUCAGCACUGGAGAAGAGGCGACCACAUGCCCACCUUCAGGCACGUUCAGGCCACGUCUCAGAAAACCAGCUCUCAAAUGUGAUAAAUGCUGCAGGCAUUGUGGGGCGAUGCUCAUUCAAAGAACCAUCACAUGUAGAACCAGGACAUGUCAAUGUGGUGGGCAGGGCUUCUCUGAGGGAGCAGAACCUAGAGCACUGGAGGGUCUGCAGGGAUCAGGAUGAAUCCAGGAGAGCUAGAGGCAGUGAGAACAAAGGAGAGCAGAAGGAGACCACUGUGAGGGAAGAUAAUAAAUGGAAAGAACAGAAGAGAGAGAAAGAAAGCAAUCAGGAGAGACACAGAAAGGAUGAAAAAGUGGGUAUCGAAGGAGACAAGGUUAUGAUGGAACAGCUGAUAGAAAAAACUGAACCAGAAAAAGAAAAGAGAAGACCUGAAGAGCAGAUCCAUGAAGGUGGAAACAGAACAGAAGAGGUGAAAAAGGAGAUUGUGGAAAUUAAGUAUGAAAACGUUGAGGAUAGUGACAUAGAGAGAGAGGAUGGAACGCAAGAGAGGCACGGGAAAGGGGAUGAGGAAGAAGUAGUGAAAGUGGAGAUGGAAGAAGAUGAGGAUGAAGGGGGAGGAGGACCGUUUGGAGAGCCAGCAGAGAUGGAAAGCUGGGAUGCUGUGCUCGAUAUGAUGAAUACAUUGUGGGACGAGGGCUGCGAUAAAGGAGGGACAGCAGGAGGAGAUUCAGAUUCCCUUUCAGGCUCCUUGCAGCGUUGGCCUCUCCUCCGGCCUCCGGUCGGCUUCGGGGGGUCCCACCCGCCGUCCUCCGCAGCUUCGGAGCUCAGCCUCACAGAGCUGGAGAGGAGAGCCAGGGAGCUGGACUCUGACCUGGAACACCUGGACCUGUCUCAGCCCCACAGGGACAGCCAGGAGUUCUACCAAACACAUCUGGAACCUCAGAGGGAACGAAGUGACAUGUACCAAACUCACCCCGGCCCACAGAGGGAGAAGGCUGCUCUUCUGACAGGAGUGGGAAGCAGAUCACAGGUCAGUUUGAAGCUCAGUGCUUCAACCUCACCAUCUACAGACACAGAACGACCUGUUGACUGGUCAUCCAAAUCUGCAGCUGGGACUCCAACUGUCACAAGCUCUGCUAAGGAGGACAGCUCACCAGACUCCAACCUAACUCUGGAAUCUGACUCCAGUGGCGUAUUCCUCUCUUUAUCCAAUCAGAGUCAGGAGGACGCCGGCUCUGACAGCGACCAGCCAGUCAGCGGCUCCGACCUCGGCAGCAGCAGCACUUCACUGGACAAGGAUGUAGAUGAUGGAGGAUUAAAGGAAUGGGGGAGGGAGGAAAGUGCAGAGCUACAGUGGUGUUACCCAUCACUCCUCAACACUCCCUCACAUGAAGACGUUGAAGGAACCGGUUUAGGAGUGGAAGAUGGGGGUGGACAGAUGGAGCAAGAUGAAGGAAGGCACAAAGACGUCAGUGAGAAAAAGGAUGAUAAGACAGUAGGAAUGGUUUCCAUCAUGAAGACCCCACUGGACCUUACAGACCUCGAGGGCACAACGACCUUCAGUGCUCUUCAGAGUGAAAAAUUAUCACCCCGCAAGAAAGUGAUCGUCAUGGGAACUGAUUCAUUUCUUUCUCUAUCUCCCUCUAAACAACACAUCAAACACCUUCUUGAUUCCAAACAGCCUAUCAGAAGCUCAGGACUGGAUUGUGGUGACAUUAAUCCCUAUGUCCAGUCAGACAGCUUUGUUUACCUUGCUGUAUCCACAAGACCCACUUCUCGAGGUGAACUCACCGCAGCUGGCGAAGUCUCUACCCAUGAUACAACACAAGACAGUGGACAGAAACAAGUCCACGGCCUAAAACCACACCAAGAACAGCCAAAUACAGACAGCAAGCCAACUCAUCUCAACCUCCAAAAACCUGAGGAAGGAGACUUUCUUUGCACUGAUAGCUUUGUCUACCUGGCUGCUCCAGCCUGCCUCCUGCUGGGCCCCACAGGCUCUGCACCUUACAGCGGCAGGGAGUCGGACUCUGAAAGUUCAGGCUCUGGCCCCGUGGACCUGUCUGUCCUGGGUUGUGGCUCCGUUGCAGGGGACAGUGACUGGGACUCAGACCUGUCUGACUCUGACCCCAGUCGCUCUUCAAGAAUGUCUGCUGCUGCUAACAAAUCUUCGGGGAUGGCCCGGCCCAAACGGUUACCUGCUGAACCAGGAUGGGACUUAUUUGGAGAAACCACAGAGCCUGAAGUGCUCAGGGAGCUCUUCAUGGAACAAGACAAAACCAACAACAACAACAGCAAAGCAUGGAAGGCUUCAGGAGUUACUGUCAGCAUGGCAGUAGCACCAGCCGUUCCCAUGGCAACCCACUCUGUCGCUGCCGCAGUGAAGGCUACAGCAGCAGCGGACCACUUGUCGACCACGAAGAAGGUGACGUGGCAGUUUAAACCGGCCCAGAGGUCGGUGUGCACAACCAGCAGGAAGGACAAGGAAAAGGAACUGACGGCGUCGCCUCUGGUGAGAGUAACGCAGCUGGGCGGGGGCGAGGCACAUAGACCCUCCCCUUCAUCUUCUUCAUCUUCAUCUCCAUCGUCAUCAUCAUCAUCAUCUGGUUGAUCAGUCGGAGAAACGGGUCUCAGCGCACUUUAGUUUGACCCUUUGAGAAAACCAUUUUAGAAACUACAGAAAGAAUAAAAGAGUGGAGAAAAAACCCUUUAGUUCUUCUUUAGAAACCGUUUUUGCUGUAAAUUUCAAAUAGCUGCUGCUGUUGCCUUGAUAUCAUUGUUGUAAAGGCUGAUUAAGAAGUCGCUGUUGUUUCUAUAUAUCCUCACAAACCUAAAUCAGACGUGUGUUGGAGGUCAUCAUGUGUACUGUGAUGUACAUGACCUUCAGUGUGGAAUCUACAGACACUGCUGGAGGUCCGAGUCAACUGAAUUCAGUUUGAGGUUAUAUAAGAACACGGCUGCUAGUAAAACUGUGUCAUUUCUAAGCGGGAUUAUCAACCGUAGGAUGAGUUAGCUGGAUGAUCUACUUCCUGUCUACUAACAAAGACAAAUAGUUUUGUUUUAUAGAUUUUCACUGUUGAAUGUAUUUAAUCCACCAUGAAACUAAAAUCACAGGCACAGUUCCUUAAAUAACACCAAACUGUUUGAAGUCAAAUCAAAGGAAAGAAAUAAAUGAUGCCAAAUACAAUAUCUGCAUUCUGUGCAUGUGAACCUUAAUGACACAGUGUGAGAUAACAAUUCAUGUCCAUCAGAGCUUUUCAUGCAGACAGAAUAGUAAGUCCCUUCAGCUUCUCCCUUGUUUUGCAGUCAGGGUUGCCACAGCAGAUCCACGGUGGAUCUGAAUGUUGAUUUGGCACAAGUUUUACACCAGAUGUCCUUCCUGACACAUCUCUGCAUUACAUGGAGAAAUGUGGCAGAAGUGAUGUUUGAACCAGGAACCUGGAACCAAACGCACUAACCACUUCCACAGAAAGAAUAACACUCCCAUAUUUAUAUUUUGUCAAAGUGACUAAUUUAUAUAUGUACUUUAAAAUGUGAUUUUUCAGAGCUGAUGUUUGUUUUGUAACCAAAUCUAACUUUACAGUUUAUAUAACUGUCAAUAAUGUAUUUUAAACACAAUCAUAGAGCGAUAUCUACUGUAUGUAUGCAACGAAUGUGCAAACCUGAACUAAUAAUGGAAGAAUGUAGUAAUAACAUUGAUUUAAAAAAAAAAUGUAUUUAUCAAAUAUAUUUGAAAUGGUGAAUGUAAUAAUGAAGCAAUAUGCUUACUACAGAUUCAUGCUAUAUUCUGUUUCAUAUGUGGUUUCCUGGGUGAUUUGUAUCAUAACAGUAUGGCCUAAUUUAAUUAAAUUUAUGCAGAUUGUACAGUGCUAUAUGGUAAAUUCAAAGCUACAGCUAUGGUUAUUGGGAGCCAAAUAUAAAUUUAACCAUGGAUGGGAGAAGCCUGUCUAUUAUCAGUGCUAGUUUAUCAAGUAAAAUACUAUGGGCCCUAUCUUUACAAAACCAUGGUGUGCAGUCUAAAAAACAGUGCAUGAGGGGCGUGUCUAACUCUACUUAGCUAUUUACAUAUUCCAUAAUCUAAGCACUGAGUAG